AAAUAUGAAUUAUCCUCCUCUGCCUGCUUCUGUUCUUCGCCACACGAUAUUCUUUUGGCCAACCCCAUAAUUCUCCACUUUCGUGUUUAAUCCCCAAUCUUGUUUCAGCCCAAGCGAUCGGAGUCAUGCUCAUUAACUUCUCUUCUCUUUCUUCUACUUGUCCAACUUCUUUCUCCUCCUCCACUUAUUUCCCCAGCAGGUUAUACACUUCAAGACCACCGUACUCGGAGUUCCCAUUCAAACCCAGAACCCACCUCGUUAAAUCUCCUUCUCUUUCCGUUUCUCACUCAAGCAAGAACAAGUUGUUGAGUCGAACCGAUAGGAUCGAUUUCAGGUCACGUGCUCUUCCUGGACUUGACUUCGGGAACGUUGAAUCCGUGUUGGAAGCCGCCGGCGUCUUGACUGCCAUCAUUGUCGUUCACGAGACCGGUCACUUCCUCGCUGCUUAUCUCCAGGGAAUCCGUGUAAGUAAAUUCGCUGUUGGAUUCGGUCCAAUUUUAGCAAAGUUCAACGCCAACGAUGUAGAGUUUUCUCUUAGAGCUGUCCCGUUGGGUGGAUUUGUGGGGUUCCCUGAUAAUGAUCCAGACAGUGAUAUUCCUGAGGACGAUGAGAAUUUGCUUAAGAACAGACCCAUAUUAGAUAGGGUCAUCGUCAUUUCGGCUGGUGUCGUCGCCAAUAUAGUUUUUGCCUACGCAAUCAUCUUUACUCAAGUCUUGUCUGUCGGAUUACCAAUGCAAGAGCCAUUCUCCGGUGUGCUCGUCCCCGAUGUUAGACCCUUUUCGGCCGCUUCCCGCGACGGCCUUCUUCCCGGUGAUGUUAUCCUUGCUGUGAAUGGUAUUGAAUUGCAGAAAACUGGGCCUAGUGUAGUUUCUCAAGUUGUUGACAUUAUAAAGAAAAAUCCCAAACGAAAUGUGUUCUUGAAGGUGGAGAGGGCAAAGCAGGAUUUUGAAAUUGGGGUUGUUCCGGAUGAGAAUUUUGAUGGAUCAGGGAAGAUUGGAGUCCAGUUAUCACCAAACAUAAAGAUAACUAAAUUGAGACCCAAUAAUAUCUUUGAGGCCUUCAAUUAUACUGGAAAGGAGUUCUGGGGUCUCACUUACAACGUUUUGGAUAGUUUGAAGCAGACUUUUAUGAAUUUCUCACAAUCAGCAAGCAAAGUCUCAGGCCCCGUAGCUAUUAUCGCCGUGGGUGCUGAAGUUGCAAGGUCCACCGUGGAUGGCCUAUAUGAGUUUGCAGCUCUUCUGAAUCUUAAUCUUGCAGUCAUUAAUCUUCUCCCUUUACCUGCAUUGGACGGCGGUUCACUGGCCCUUGUACUUCUAGAAGCUGCUAGAGGCGGACGGAAGCUUCCUCUAGAGCUGGAGCAACGGAUUAUGUCGUCUGGUAUCAUGCUUGUUUUACUCCUUGGGUUGUUUCUUAUUGUCAGAGACACACUAAACCUUGAGUUCAUUAAAGAUUUGUUAUGAUUAUUGAAUUGCCUUUUGAAGUUUGGAUGUCACUUGUGUUGAAAACAUUUGUUUAUGGAGAUAGAGUCAGAUGAACCCGAUCCAUGCAUACGAUGUCGUGUAGAGGAGAUGAAUUCAUGAUUCUUGCUUCUGCAAAAGAUGCUAUAUUGCAGGUACUUUUAGCUUAUUGGUCUCCUUUGAUUCCAUCAAGAUCUCUAUAUUGCCCAUACUGUUGUAUUCUAGGAUUUCUUUGAAGAUAGUAAUGUAGAGGAACAAGGGGUAAUGGUUAUGGACUUCAAGAGCUUGUUUCUGUUACAUGGAUAAUGUCAUUGACAAUUACAUUCUGAUUAAUAUAAUUUCAUGUUUAGAGU